AUUACUUUAUAUACAAUCUAUAUGCCUAUUCUUCGGAUUCAGAUUAUCUCCUUCAUACAAACCUGGAAUAAUCAUAAAAUACAAAAACAACCAAACCGCCCAUAUUUAGUCCCUGGAAAGCCUUUUAUGAAUUAUAAUUUUCCACCUACAGGUGUACUGUAA